AUGUCGGCACCAACAGAUGGCACUGAGUUGCCCCCGGGCUCCUUCGAUGACCGCUCUCCUCCCUUGGUGGCUCUCUGCAUUGCCAUGAUUGUCGUCAUCUUGGUCAUGAUCGUACUUCGCUUUGCCUCGCGGCUCAUCGCAGAGAGCUCGCCUGGGCAUUUCAAAAGUCUUUGGUGGGAUGAUUGGACAGCUUUAGUAUCCACGGUAGGUUUUGGAUUUGGCCCUGGCCGUCGCGUGACGUUUGCUAACCCGCGACUUACUGGUCAUCAGGUAUUCAUGUUGGUGCAGCUCGUCAUGAGCUUGGUCAUGUUCGACUUGGGAUCCGGAAAGCACAUUUGGGUCGUGCCGCCCGAGAACGUCGUCAAGAUUCUGCGCAUGCUUUUCGCCGUCUACUUCAUCUACGACAUACAUCUCGCCAUGGCCAAGGCAUCCGCCCUGUUUUUCCUCGCCCGCAUCUUUCCUCCCAACGUGUCGCCGCCAUGGUUCAACAAUGCCGUCAUCAUCACCCACGCCGCCAACGCUGCCUGGUUUAUUGGCAUUGUGUUGGGCACCAUCUUCCAGUGCAAGUCGCUCAGGAACUGGCACCCAAUGCUUCCUGGGAAAUGCACCGAUGCGUCAGUGCUGUUCAUGGGCAGCGCCAUUCCCAGUGUCGUCAUCGAUCUUGCCAUCUUGCUGAUUCCCAUGCCGAAAAUAUGGGGUUUGAAGAUGACGCCCUGGAGGAAGAUGGCUGUGAUUGGCAUCUUCACGAUCGGUUACUGCUCCAUCGUCGUAUCCCUAGGUCGACUGGUUACCGUCAUCAAGAUGGGAGAUGGCAUUACUCGCGACAUUACUUACGAGGCUGCGCCGACCUUCUACUGGUUCACCAUCGAGACGCCGGCGAUCCUUAUCAGUAUCUGCAUUCCGGCCAUAUUGUCUCUGUGCCGGUUCUUGGACGCUUUAUACUUUAAGCCUUUGGCAAGCAGGAUCUCGUCGGCGUGGUCGAGUCAAAGCCGAGGAACUCUCAUGACCGAGCAGUACGACAACGCCGUUUCCUCGCGUAUGGCAUCCUCCAAGUCAAAGUACGUCACUGACUCUGAGCUCAACACCAGCGCCCCCAACGAGAGUCAAAGCAGAAUUUGUUUGCCGUCGCAGCAGCAUGGCCACUACUCGGUCGAGGUGAGUGGAUGGGAGAUGCAGGGUCAGUCGCCACGUCGUCAGAGCACAAAUGACGCCAUCAGAGUGCAACAGGACGUGGAAGUAAGAGCAUCGCCAUGGUAA